AUGGCAUCCAACCCUGCGAUGCUACUGGACCCAAAAGGCGCCAAAAGACAAGCCCAACGCAAUGGUAAUGAUCCCAAUUCCUUCCCAUCACAUCACUCUUUACCCAUGGAUUCCCUUAGCAAUGAGGCCGGCGAGCCACCCACGGAUUCUCCUGGCCAUUUGGAUCGUCAUUCUAACCAUGCCUUGCCUCUUGCUUCUGAUUUACUCGAGGUGCCGUUUUCUGCAUCGUUGUUUCCUCCCAUGGAUACAUCAGGCAACAUCGGAGAAGAGGCUGAAGCUGCGACCGAGAUAUGCACACCCGCCAUUUCUCUGGAUAGCUUGCAAGUUAUACCUACAGAUGCACCUGUCCCUCCCGAGGAUGAUGGGGACUUGUUGCCUCAAGUGGAUUCCGAAAUACUGGUUGGAACGUUCCCCGUUCCUGUCGACUCUGCAACCGAUCUUGAUCUCGACAUGGAAUGUGCGGCUGGCCCUACAGAUGAACAUGCCCCUCCCGAGGACGAUGUCAAUUUGUUGCCUCAAGUGGAUUCUGAAACACAGAUUGGAACGUUCCCUGUUCCUGCCGACUCUGCAACCGAUCUUCAUCUCGACAUGGAAUGUGCGGCCAGAUCUCCAGAGCCCUUUCCCUUGGAUACGGCUUGCGUUUCACACGAUCCGCAGAGUGAUGCCACCACAAAACUUGAAGAGCCGACCGAGCUUGCAGAGCCGCCCAACUCAGUCUCAGAAUUCCCCUUGCGGAGCCUACCCGUCAUGGAUACCCUGCCCCCAAUGGCCCAAACAUCUUCAGCGGAACCAGAGUGCCCGGGCUUACUUUUGGAUCACACAGGAAAGCAAUCAAUGGCCCCAGCGGGCACUGCAACAGUUACACAGCGCCGUGAACCAACACCCCGGACACCGAUCACCAUUAACUCAACGGCUUCGAGCCCUGCCCCGCAGUCAAUGGGAAACCUCGAAGUACAAUUCUCGACUGCUCAAGAUGACGAGAAUGAAAGUGACGCCAAGCGCAGUUACCAUGAAUUGAGCGAUGACGAAGACAAGCCCGACCAGCGCAAUCUCAUUGCAGAUGUAUACGGCGCGGAGCAGCGAAAGAGACAGCCUGUGAAACGGGUCAAAACAGCGAAUGAGCAGUCCAGUGCAGCUAACACACAGAUAUCAAUUGCUGGUUCCAAUGGCCUUGGGAAAUGGAUGAAGGAGGGGGAGGAAGGUCCCACCCCGAGCACUGCGUUUGACACGGUUGAUCUGACGAAAGACCUUGCCGAUACCACCAAAGAAGACGAGGAUGAUGAGAUUGAAUGCACGGGAUCGACUGAUCUCAGCACCCAGCGUGUUUGUUAUGGCAAAAUAGAUGGUGCCUUGAUCCAAGCUUCUUUCGUCCCUAAGCCUACAGACUCCUCAUUCUUCAUCGAUGAAAACUCUUGGCCAUCGAUGAAAGUGGAGCUCAGGCGGCCCGCAAAUAUCAGGCAGGGAGACACACAGAUCAAUGUCGUUGAUCCUCACAACUUCAUCUUCGGCAAGAUUGAUGCCAAGACUGCGCAGGGACUGUGUCCGCUUCUUGAUGACACCGCGAUCAGCACUGUUGAUGUUACUGCUCGGCUAAAUACCCGAAGAAGGUACCUUGGCGAAUCCGUUUGGGCCCCUACUUCAGGCUUUUGGCAUGCGACGAUCAAUGUCUAUGGACAGCGACAGAGAGCAGACGGUAUUGGGAGGUUCCUUGCCCACCGCAAUAGCUGCGGCGCCAACAUGCCGCGGCUGCGGCUGUUGCCAGUACCAGCCGUGAACGUCUCGGUCCAACAAUCAGGUAUGAGACUCGAACAGCCGAAGAAGUGCACGAUGCGGUGA